AUGCCACAAGAGCUUCCACCGUUGGCUCUGUUGUCCGGGACGCGGGCCCUCGAACGGAUCGAGUUGGAGAACUGCUGUCUACGAGCAUCGGAUCUGCGGUCGUUAUUGCAAGGCUGCCGCGGCUUGAAGAGCUUCUUGUACACAAGCAGAAGAUGUGAGGUCGGACCUUGGAGCCCCUCACCUGCUAAGUUUGUCGAGCUUCUCAGACCCCACGAGACCACGUUACACGCUCUGAUACUCGACUUGGACGUCCACCGUUACCAAGACAAGACUGACGACAGGCUUGCGCUCAUACAGUCCCUCGCACACAUGACAGCGCUCAAGGUUCUCGUCACCGUGCCAGAGAUGUGGCACUACGUUGCGGUUGAGGAUGAUGUGGUUACCAACGACAGCGUCGGGUGGGAAGAGCGGCAUCUGUCUGUGCGGGUCCCCCCCAACGUGCAGACACUUGUGUUUGGUUUAUCUGAGGCGGAGAAGACGACGUCACCGAGUCAACUCAGCAACCUCCUUAGCAUGCGUACGGUGAUGGUCCCUGAUCUUACCACUCUCUCCAUUGGCGGCAUAGAACCGGUCUAUGUGGAAGAGGUCAAGCGACUUUAUCUAGAUCUGGAGCCGUUCAUGUGCACUGGUCCGCAAGAGCUGCACGCCGAGGUGGGGCCUACCUACGUCAGAUCUGUCUUUGACACUGGGCAGUGUCCUCACAACUGGACUGAAGUGAAAUGGGCUGAGCAGAUGUAUGUGGCAGCCCCCAGCGAGAUCUGCCUCUUCGCGCGAGCGUACGAGAGGAUUCGCAGGGAACUACCUCGGUGA